UUCCUUGCAUGUCGCAUCCCCCAAACGUUGUGUAUCUCGUUUCCUGGGUAACGGCUGCGGGCCCGGUGCGUGACCGACCGAAGGCAGAAUUAACUUCCAGCACAGCAACUCUGAACUUAACUGUACUUCACCAUGCCGAAGAAAGCAAAAGGAAAAAAGAAAAAAGAUGAAAAAUCUGAUGCGAAGGUUUCCAUGGAUUCAGAUGUGGAAAAAGCAAAAGCCAAUGCUACUUUGUGGGAAUCCAAGUUGAAUGUUAUUGAGAAGUCACGAGUGGAAUAUCGCAACACAGCACAAAUGCUUGCAAGAGCCAAUGAAACUUUAAUAAAUGAUCGGUUUCAUGUAGAAAGGGAUACUAUGGAAGUGAUCUCAUAUUUAAAGAAACAGGACUUGGAGAAAGAGGAUAAGAUUAACCAACUUCAACAGCAGUUAGUAGAUCAAAAGCAACAAGCAGCUGAUGAGAAUAAGAAAAUGAUCGAAAUCCACACCCAACAAACUGAGCAUUUGCAAAACAAAAUGUUGCAAAAGAUUAAAGAAAUGCAGCUAAUUCAAGGAGAAUUGAACAGGGUCAAAGAAUUCAGGAAGAAACAAGUUUUCCUGGAAAAUGAAUUGGAUGAUAUAAAAGAGGCUAUGAACACAGCAAACAAAGAACACAAAGAAACACUGAGGCAGCUGGAAAACAAAUUUUUUGAAGGAAAGGUCCGCUUGGAGCAGGAGGCAGAGCAGAGGCUGAAUCAGCUGACUGAGCAGGCUCACAUUGAAGCCGUUAUGAAUCUUAACGAAAAGGCUCAAAGUGUCUUUAAAGAAAAUGUAAGACUACAUGAGACAAUAAAGAUCUACAAGAUGGAAGAAGAACAAAGGAGGAAGAGCUACAAGGCUCUAGAAGAUAAAAACACACAGCUUGCCAGUGAAAAGGAAAUCAAUGAGCAAUUAGUGAAAGAGAAAGUAUCAGACAGCAAGCAGCAGAGAGAAAAGAUCAAUGAGCUUCAAACAAAGGUUGAGAACCUGGAGAAAGCUUUGGGACAUAUGGCGGCUGAGUUUGAGACAGCAAAACAGAAGAUAAAGAAAGAAAAUGACUUUAAAAUGGCAACCAGCCAGGUAGAGAUCGCAAGGCUAGGGGAAGUAAUUAAGCUGAAAGAUAGAGAAAUGAACCGGGUGAAGAAACUUGCUAAAAACAUCCUGGAGCAGCGCACUGAUGUAGAAAUGUUCUUUCUUCAAUCCCUUGAAGAAGUGAGGCAACAAAUUGCCUAUAGUCGGGCUCAAUAUAAACAAGCAGCUCAAAUUGCAUUUCAGAGAAAGAUGUUAAAGGCACAUACUGGCAAGGAGGAUUAUCCCAAAAUCAGGACCUUUGCCAAGAGCGAGUACAGUACAAACUGUGUGUACCAAGAUAUGGAAGAAGCUGAUAAGAGCAUUCAUUUUGGAAAAGUGAGUAUCUCCGACUUGACCUGGGAGCAGAAGGAGAAAGUCUUACGCCUUUUGUUUGCAAAGAUGAAUGGAUUGAAAACAAACAGGAAACAGUAUAACAAAAGUCUGGUCUCCUCAGCUUCACCCGAGACUAUCAAAGAGGCAGAACAAGCCAGCACACAAGAUGAAAAUCCCAAUCCCACUUUUAUAACCCAGGCUGCUAUUGAUUCGGUUUCAAGUCAUGUCGGCACUUUACCAGAUCUCCAGUUGCCGAAAGAAGUUACGUUACCAGAAAUCGUACCAUCAUAGAUUGUUAAAAAAUUAAACAAUGGAUUUAUAGUGAAUUAGUAUCUGAAAGGGUGUAUGUGAGAAAAAUCCUAAAAUUGGUGCACAAUUAAAGAAUGAAAUUUCAAUUAAAAUUUAGAUUUUUUAAAAAUUAAAUUUUUUUAAGAGCUUCAAACAUCACAUUUUAAAUAAGAAACUUUGCUCUAAGUGGGACAGAGUUGUACAUUGGACAAUGCAGAAGAAAGGCAAAGCUCAUUUAUCACCCCACUUAAACUAUGAUUUCAGCUGCAUUGCCCCAGGGCUAUGUAACCUAGAUAUUCGGUUUUCACCCUGGAAUCAACAAAUGGAUUUCUGUGUGCUGGAGUACUUAACAGUUGCUGAAGAGCAACUCCCGAAGACACUUAAAGACUUUCCAGUCUAGAGGCACAGUGGAUACUAACACCUAAAACUCCACCACAAAAAAAUUCAGGAAGCAGUACUAGCAUUUGACUUCCUCCAAGUUCAGCUGCACACAAAUAUUUCUCCACCUUACACUUGUUUCACCAUGACCUGCAAGCUAUGAUAUUAACAAAUGGGCCUACUGUAAAGGGUGGUGUCAAAGAUGCAUCUACAUCCUGACACUUACCUCAAAUCUUUCCUGCUGCAAAUUCCAUUAUGCCUUCAACAAACCUAUGGGAGUGUUUAAUCUUCAACUCUAAUGGGAAAGUUUCACCUACAUGGCAGAACUAAAUGUGGCUGUACCCCUUGACAAUAAGUACUCCUGUUUAAGUACUGUUAGGGGGCACAGCCUAACUGGGGGAAGCGGCAGUGGCCGUGCCUCUGGCACAGAGUCUGACCUUUUGGCUCAGAAGGGUAGGGGAGGUAAGAGGAAGGCAGUAGUGAUAGGGGACUCUAUAGUUAGGGGGUCAGACAGGAAAUAUGUGGACGUAGGAAAUAAACUUUGAUGGUAGUUUGCCUUCCAGCUGCCAGGGUCCAGGAUGUUUCAGAUUGCAUCUAAGAUAUCCUGCAGCUAGAGGUCGUGGUACAUAUUGAUACCAAUGACAUAGGUAGGAAAAGGGAAGAGGUCCUGAAAAAGGACUACAGAGAGUUAGGAAGGAAGUUGAGAAGUAGGACUGCAGAGGUAGUAAUCUCGGGAUUACUGCCUGUGCCACGCGACAGUGAGAAUAGGAAUAGGAUGAGGUGGAGGAUAAAUGUGUAGUUGAGGGAUUGGAGCAGGGGGCAGGGAUUCAGAUUUCUGGAUUAUUGGGACCUCUUUUGGGGCAGGUGUGACCUGUACAAAAAGGAUGGGUUGCACUUGAAUCCCAGGGGGACCAAUAUCCUGGUGGGGAGGUUUGCUAAGGCGACUGGGGAGAGUUUAAACUAGAAUUGCUGGGGGUUGGGAACCGAACUGAAGAGACUGGGGAAGAGGAAGUUAGAUCACAAAUAGAGAAAGCUUGUAGACAGUGUGAGAGGAAGGAUAGACAGGUGAUAGAGAAGGGACGUGCUCAGACCGAAGGCUUGAGAUGUCUCUAUUUUAAUGCAAGGAGUGUUGUGAACAAAACGGAUGAGCUUAGGUUGUGGAUCAGUACUGGGAGAUAUGAUGUGCUGGCCGUUACAGAGACUUGGAAGGCUCAGGGACAGGAUUGGUUACUUCAAGUGCUGGGUUUUAGAUGUUUCAGAAAGGACAGGGAGGGAGGCAAAAGAGGUGGGGGCGUGGUACUGUUGAUCAGAGAUAGUGUCACGGCUGCAGAAAAGGUGGACACCAUGGAGGGAUUGUCUAUAGACUCCUUGUGGUUGGAGGUCAGGAACAGGAAGGGGUCAAUAACUUUGCUGGGUGUUUUUUAUAGGCUGCCCAAUGGUAACAGGGAUAUCGAGAAGCAGAUAGGGAAACAGAUCCUGGAAAGGUGUAACAAUAACAGAGUUGUCGUGAUGGGAGAUUUUAAUUUCCCAAACAUCGAUUGGCAUCUCCCUAAAACAAGGGUUUAGAUGGGGUGGAGUUUGUUAGGUGUGUUCAGGAAGGUUUCUUGUCACAGUCUGUAGAUAAGCCUACAAGAGGAGAGGCUGUACUUAAUUUGGUAUUGGGAAAUGAACCUGGUCAGGUGUCAGAUCUCUCAGUGGGAGAACAUUUUGGAGAUAGUGAUCAUAAUUCUAUUUCCUUUACAAUAGCAUUGGAGAGAGAUCGAAACAGACAAGUUAGAAAAGCAUUUAAUUGGAGUAAGGGGAAUUAUGUGGCUAUCAGGCAGGAAAUUGGAAGCUUAAACUGAAAACAGAUGUUCUCAGGGACGUGUACGGAAGAAAUGUGGCAAAUAUUCAGGGGAUAUUUGUGUGGAGUUCUGCAUAGGUACGUUCCAAUGAGACAGGGAAGUUAUGGUAGGUUACAGGAACUGUGGUAUACAAAGGCUGUAAUAAAAUCGAGUCAAGAAGGAAAAAAAAGCUUACAAAAGGACCCUGGUCAGAACGCAGUUGGAGUAUUGUGCUCAGUUCUGGUCACCUCACUACAGGAAGGACGUGGAAGCCCUAGAAAGGGUGCAGAGGAGAUUUACAAGGAUGUUGUCUGGUUUAGGGAGCAUGCCUUUUGAGAAUAGGUUGAGUGAACUCGGCUUUUUCUCCUUGGAGCGAAGGAAGAUGAGAGGUGACCUGAUAGAGGUGUACAAGAUGAUGAGAGGCAUUGAUCGUGUGGAUAGUCAGAGGCUUUUUCCCAGGGCUGAAAUGGUUGCCAUAAGAGGAUACAGGUUUAAGCUGCUGGGGAGUAGGUUCAGAGGAGAUAUUGGGGUAAAUUUUUUACUCAGAGUUGUGAGUGUGUGGAAUGGGCUGCUGGCAACAAUGGUGGAGGCAGAUACAAUAGGGUCUUUUAAGAGGCUUUUAGAUGGGUACAUGGAGCUUAGUAAAAUAGAGGGCUAUAGGUAAGCCUAGUAAUUUCUAAUGUAGGGACAUGUUCAGCACAACUUUGUGGGUUGAAGGGCCUGUAUUGUGCUGUAGGUUUUCUAUGUUUCUGUGAUCCAAACUUUAGUAAUUAUGCUCCAGCAAGCACACUUGCAUUUAUUUAUUUUGAGAACGAGCAUGAAUAGACCCUCCUCUUUGGACUGUGGAGAAAAACCCACACAUUUCAUGGGGAGGACGUACAGGGACUCCUUAUAGAGUAUACCAUGAUAGAACUCCGAUGCCCUGAACUGUAAUAGCAUCGUUGCCACUGUGGCAACCAUUUGUGCUUUCUGAGCUGAACUUUAAGCCUUUGAGUGAAAUGUGAGAAAAUAGUUCUUACAUUGUGUUAAGGCAAAGGCCCUCCCGUUUGCACCAUAUUGUCCACUGAUAGUUACAGAAAGCCUCUAGAAAAAUGGAUCUUCCCCCAUAUUGUGGAGCCUUCUCAAUGAUUCAUGAUGAAAUUCACCGCAGUCUUCCAUGCUUUUUUAGCCAAUUAAGAAAACAGGUAACUGAGAUUUAAGAUACCCAAUCUGGAAUAAAAUGUAUAGGUCCACUAUAGAUAGUAGUGAUUCUCGCCCUCCUACAUGUGAUACCUGGAGAUCUACGGCCAUUAGCUUAAGGCACUCAAAAAAUACCAACACUAUUUCUGCCAAAGAUCUCCAAACUCACCAUUAGGGUAAGUGGACCACGUCAGCGUCGUCUGCCAGACCAAACAUCCUCGGCACAGAAACUAUAGUUACACACACUGUGCAAAAGUCUCAUGCACAUGAGUGCCAAAGACAUUUUGCACAGUACUGUAUAUUGGUUGAAAUUGGAAGGUGGUCAGGAAACAGAAGUAAGAGUACUCAGCUUUGUAUUAGGUCAGUAGUAUUAAGUGCUAUUUGGAGACUGGAAUGAUGUUAUAUACUGUCCUGUGCAAAAGUCUUAGGCAUCCAAGCUAUCUUUUUUAAGAAAUGAACAUACCCACCAACAAUGGAAAUGAAUAAACAGUUGAUGUUUCAGGCUGAGACCCUUCAUCAGGACUCAAUAUCUAAUGAGGUCCUAAAGGCCCAAAACAUCCCACUACCGAACACAUUUUUCCCUCCCCCGCCCUUUCUGCUUUCCACAGGGAUCACUCCCUAUGCGAUUCCCUUGUCCACUCGUUCCCCGCCCCCCAUCCCUUCCCACCGAUCUCCCUCCUGGCACUUAUCCUUGCAAGCGGAACAAGUGCUACACCUGCCCUUACACCUCCUCCCUCACCACCAUUCAGGGCCCCAGACAGUCCUUCCAGGUGAGGUGACACUUCACCUGUGAGUCGGCUGGUGUGGUAUACUGCGUCCGGUGCUCCCGGUGUGGCCUUUUAUAUAUUGGUGAGACCUGACGCAGACUUGGAGACCGUUUUGCUGAACACCUAUGCUGUCCGCCAGAGAAAGCAGGAUCUCCCAGUGGCCACACAUUUUAAUUCCACGUCCCAUUCCUAUUCUGAUAUGUCUAUCCAUGGCCUCCUCUACUGUCAAGAUGAAGCCACACUCAGGUUGGAGGAACAACACUUUGUAUACCGGCUGGGUAGCCUCCAACCUGAUGGCAUGAACAUUGACUUCUCUAACUUCUGUUAAUGCCCCUCCCCUGGAUAUAUUUAGUUUUUUUUCUCUCUCUCUGCCUGUUCUCCAUCUCCCUCUGGUGCUCCCCUCCCCCUUUCUUUCUCCCUAGGCCUCCCGCCCCAUGAAUCUUUCCCUUCUCCAGCUCUGUAUCCCUUUUGCCAAUCAUCUGUCUGGCUCUCAGCUUCACCCCACCCCCUCCGAUCUUCUCCUUUCAUUUUGCAUUUUCCCCUCCCCCUCCUACUUUCAAAUUGCUUACUAUCUUUCCUUUCAGUUAGUCCUGACGAAGGGUCUCAGCCCAAAACAUCAACAGCGCUUCUCCCUAUAGAUAUUGCCUGGCCUGCUGCAUUCCACCAGCAUUUUGUGUGUGUAGCCCAAAGCAUCGACUGUUUAUUAAUUUCCAUAAAUGCUGAGCCCCUCCAGUAUUUUGUGUUGUGCUCUGAAUUUGCAACAUCUGCAGAAUCUCUUGUAUUUGUCCUCACCAACCUAUGAGAACCUCUUGCCCAUGGAACAGCAUUGAAGAUGAGACUGAGAAUCUUGAGGUCUUGUGAUGGACCGUAUCACAAACAAGCCAGCCUUCACAUGUCCAAAAGGUGAAAUGAUCUACAGUGGCCUCAUUAGUCAACUUAUAGCCAAAGUGGAAGCAGACUCAAUGGACCAAAUGGCCUAAUUCUGCUCCUAUGUCUUACGGUUUUAAAUCAUUCUCGCUUUCCAGAGACUGCCCAAGAACCAGCAAUUGUAUCAUUGAGUAAAUGGCAAAAGACAUUUUGAAUGUCAGCUCUAAUAUAUUUUUCUCUUUAAACCAUGUUCACUUAAGACCACAGGACAUCUAAAUUCUCUAUGAAUGACACUGCAUUUAAAAGACGCAAAGGAAAAAAUAUGUUCUAAUAUCCAUAAAAAUUACAAAGAAGAUGCAAUGUUUUUAUUUUGUCAACCCACAUCAAGUAUAUUCCACACGAUUAAAUACAGUAGUCCCCAUGUACAUCCUCGCCCACCCAACCUUGAGGGUGAUAAUGCAUAACUAACUAAUCUUCUGUUGUAUCUGCCUAGAUGAACUAUACCUCACAGCACUGAAGUCAGAUUUAUUGUCCACAUGAAUUCAAAACUUGAGUACAAAAAUCACAUUGUCUGUAAAGAUACCAGAACAUUGGUUAUACAACAGAAAGUACCACCCAUUAACAUGCCAGUUGCACACAAUAUUGUCACCUCAACUGGACAUGAGGAAGACCAAUUUAUCAUCAGUUUUUUUUUGGAGAUCUGUGAUAUUCAAGUCAAUUGUUGGUUGUUGAGCCAGACUAUGAACAGGGCUGCAAAUAAAAAAUGUUUAAAAACAGUUUAGAAUUAAAAGUCUUUUUACAACAUUGUUUCUGCAUGAAUGUCAUCCAUGUUUGUUCUGAAGAUUGCCAUUUUGUUGGAAUGAGGGCUCAUUGAUUCCACCUUCCCUACACUACCCUACACUCAGCAGCAGGCAAUGACAAUGAUAAGAAAUGGAGAAUUAGUCCUAAAUGAAAUGUGAACUAGGCUGUAGCAGUUUGAACUGUGGGCGGGACAGAGCAGCAGGUUAGCUUUGCUUAGUGAUUAUCCAGUUAGGUGCUACAUGAUCAGAAUUUGCUAUCAACCUCUCCAGCAGAAACUGCUGCACACCAUUCACAAGACAGAAC